AUGAGCGAUCGUGGCCAGAAGCGAAAGACACCGGAGGAGCAGGCAAGUAAAUUUGUACAGCGUUCGAAAGUGCGCAUCUUGGCUUGCUGCAUCUUCUUUGCGAGCUUGGCCCCUGCAGAGCCCACAGGCCACAUCGAGAUCACUGAGUGUCUCUGCGGCCGCGCUGCCUUUAGAUUCUGGAGCCGUGUGGCUUGGGCCUGGCUUGGGGGACCAUUUGCGCAAGUAGGGGAGCCCAUUGUUUGGACAGCGCAAAGCGGCAAAGCGGCAAAUCUUCGACAAGAUCCCAUUCCCAGAGCCAGGCGGACGUUGCUCUCCAACGCUCUGGUGCCGUCGGCAGAUGGCUACGAGCGAAAGGAUGUUCUCCUUGCCGAGGGCAAGAUCGCCAAGAUCUCAGAGGCGAAGUCGGAGUUGGACUCAGCAGCAGAGGUUGUUGUUGACUGCAGCGACAAGCUUCUCCUCCCAGGCUUUGUGAAUGCGCAUACACACAGCUCCGAGCACUGGACGAGGGGCCUCAUCAAGCCUCUACCUUUGGAGCUGUGGGUCAGUCAGCUCUACCGCCAUGAGCCGCGAGGCGACGAAGGCUGGUACGGCAAGGACAGCCAUCAUCGCACACCUGCUGAAGCCUUGGGGGUGUCAUCCCUGCUAUGUGGCGCCGAAUCUAUGCUGUCAGGAUGCACGGCAAUCCUGGAUCAUAUUGCCAUUCGGCACCUGGACGACUUGGACGCUGUUGUCCGGGCUUACAAGGCGCUGGGCAUGCGAGCCUUCGUUGCUCCAAUGCUGGGAGAUGACCCGGUGCUGUGGGAGAACUUCAUCCCGCUUGUGCCAGAUUGUGCGGCACGCAACGCGAAGUGUUCAUGCAACGGAGGACUGGGAAAAGGCGGAAGUUUUCGCACACAAGUGGCCCGUCCAGAUUCCGAGAAGACGAAGAAAAUGCUCGAGUUGUGGGAGGAGGCAGUGAAAAGAUUUCAUGAUCCGGAGAACGGGAUUGAGAUAGUGAUUGGGCCUGUCACUCCAUACUCGGCGAGCCCCGAGCUUUUGCGGGGGGCUGUCGAACUCCGGAAGAAGUACCGCCUCUGUGGCCACACCCACUUGCUGGAAACGCGGGGUCAGGCCAUGCAGGCGCGCCAGUGGUUCGCCUCAGGGUCCGCCGUGCAGCAUCUCCUCGAUGUGGGCUUCUUGCAGCUUCCUGGAACUAGCUGCGCCCACACCAUAUGGCUGGAGGAUCACGAGUUGGCAAUGAUGGCAAAGGCUGGCGCCGUGUGUGUUCACAAUCCGUUGUCCAACUUGAUUCUGGGCUCUGGGAUCAUGCCUGUGAAGAAGGCGCUGGAUGCAGGUGUAGCAGUCUCUAUGGGCUGUGAUGGAGCCUGCAGCAGCAACGGCCAAGAUAUUUUGGAAGCUCUGAAGUUGGCGACCACUGUAGCUUGUGUCACCACCGCUGAAUACCGAGAUUGGCCGACGGCUCGGCAGACGGCGCUUUCACUUGCGGCCAGGAACGGCUACAAGGGCGUGGGGAUGGAUCGCGCAGGCCGGCUCGAGGAAGGGUGCGUCGCCGACGUGACGCUGUGGGACUUGACGUCCUUGGCACUCCUUCCGCGUACGGAUCCCAUCUCUUCUCUAGUUCUUGGUUCGCGAACCCAAGCUCCCGGCGCCGGUUCGACUUUGCACUCCAGCUGGGUUCGUGGAAUCCGCGUGGUGUCUGAGGGAUCACUUUGUGGCCUGGACUUGCCGAGCCUUCGUGAGAUGCUGACCAGGGCACAGCCGGAGUACAAGUGUCCAAGUACAACCGAUCCAGCCACAGACCCCUUCACAAAGGGUCUGGAGGUCGAGUAUCGUGCGGCCUUGGGUUUGGAUGGCCAGGAGAGGCUUGUGCCAGUACCAGACAAGGUGGCCACGUAUCCCUCCGGCCGUGUUCUCUAUGAUGCCACGGUCCGCUAG